AUGCAAACUUGGGAGCUCCAGGUUCUCACGGCGUCCGAGCCCUUGAGCCUAGAGGAGGUAUUUUGGGAUCCUAGUUUGCUUAUAUUCGGAGUUUUGGGUGAGGUGUCAUUGUUUAUGCACAGCUCAAUCGACUCCGAUAGAUUUGUGGGCUGCAUAGCGCACAUGAACGUUAAAGCCCAACAGUCACUUUCCCGAGGAUGCGGAGUGAGGUGGCAUGUCGUGUUCUUCUCGAUCUAUCUCGUUAAACUACCGAUCAUUCCAUUUGGGCCGUUGCAGGGGGUUUGCGGGGAGUAUGAACAACAGAAGAACUGGUUGGCCGGGGCGGACCGCGUCACAUUCAUUUUGUUGGAGAAGUCGAGGCUGCCAGCUCUCUGUACGUCCGCUCCUCUUUCUAUCUCCGUGGCGGAACUGUCAGCGUCACAUACGGUGACUACUAUACAGGGGGAUCGUGCCGUUUGCGAUGCCGAGGUCGCAGCUAUGAUUGGGGACGUUAACUUUUAUCUCAUCCCUGAUCCUGAUUCGGAUCAUGACAAUGCUUUUGAGGGUGAGGUGUCUGUAAUGAUUGCGGAAGCGUCGUCGCGUGGCAAGGGUUUGGCGGCCCAGGCAUUGGCUGGUGUGCUACUUUACGUCGAACGCUAUUUCGUGCGCAAUGUGACCGCAAUAGUAGCCAAAGUCUCCCUUGACAAUGAGCCGAGCCUGAGGUUUUUCAAGAAUAAACUUGGGUUUGUGGAGCGUAGACGCAACGCUUGCUUCAAUGAGAUCGAGCUUGUUUGUCCCACGUUUGAGACCGAGAAAUCCGCUGUUACGCAGGCGGCUUCAAGGGCGAUUGAGCUGCUUGAAUUGUCUGGUCGCGAUUGGCUCUUCCGUGUUUACCCCAUUAAUAGCUUCAGGUCCUCUUUCAAAGUACUGGUCAUAGAUAAUUGGUUUUCCUGCGAGGAUUACUGCAAGCAGCAAAUUAAUACCAUCUCCAGGCAAUUUUUUUACCUGAGUAACUAG